AUGAUCUCCCUCGCCAUCUUCGACUUUGACGGAACCCUCUUCGACACCCACGACUCCAUCUCCCACACCAUCCAAUUGACCUUCCAAGCUCUCCUUCCCUCUCAACCUCCCUCCCCGACCGAGAUCCAACGCCUCAUCGCCAGCGGCGCCGGUCUCUCCGACACUUUCAAAGCUCUCCACCCAACCCCCUCGACCUUGACCACAUCGAUCGAAGCCCACUGGAUCGCCAAAUACCGGGAGCUAUACGCAAUCCACGGCCAAAGCCUCAUCCAAGCGUUUCCCGGCGCAGAGAUCGUUCUAAGCGAGCUACGUACCGCCGACAUCCCCGUCGCGAUCGUGACCAACAAGGGCGUGGAAGCGGUCAAAACGGCGCUUGAACGCAAUGGUCUGCGCCAUCUUGUUCCCGAGGAUUGGAUCGUGGGUGACAAUACGCCGGGCGCGAAGCGCAAGCCAGACCCGGCGAGUUUCAAGAAUGUGUUGAAGCCGAUGCUGGUCAAGGCUGGGAAGCUUGAGGCGGGGGAUGUGUUGGUUGUGGGGGAUACGGUGGCAGAUAUUGAGUUUGCGAGGAAUAUCGGCGGGAGCAUUUGUUGGUGUCGGUAUGGAUAUGGGGAUAGAGCGGUCUGUGAGGCAAUGAGGCCUGGUUUUAUCGUAGAUGCGCUCGCGGAUGUAUUGAGUGUUAUUCGGGGAUAG